AUUGGUCAACUAUAAGCUUUGUUUUUGUAUGCCAAGCCAAGUUAUCAUGUGUCCUAAAGCUUAAUGACGUAGGUCAUUAUUUGUGUUAUUGAAUGUUUUAACAGUAACUAGCCUAGUCUGUCAACAGGUGCACCCUGUAGUGAUGCAUCAAAACAAUACCAUCCAAUCAGCGUAAUGAAGUUGGUAACAUUGCUGUCAGCAGAAGAGACCUAUUUUUAACUCUAGAAAGCUCCUCGCCUCGGGCUAUAUAGGCUGGUCCUCAGACCUCUCGGCACCGUGAGCAGAGAAAGCGGGCUCCAUCUCUAAAGGGGCAACAGUAGACCAGUUUGUCCACAGCGAAGUGAUGGAUGUCGGAGCCAGGGACGGCGAGGGACCGCUGCAGCGCAUCAUCUGAUCGCCAGUCAAGGGAGGGGCAUUCACUCCGAACCUAAUCCCAGAUGCAACGUCCAGCCUUUCAGAAAAAUCCACAUCUCCACGGACCGUUGUGAUAUGAAGUAGAUAUCACGCGCAUAAGAGCGAGGGGAGGAGGGGGGCAGGCACAGGCUGGACGGCAGCUGCUCCGCUUUCGCAAAGUUCUCCAUACAGAAGGGAGGGCGCGGAGGCCGGUUGAGUGAGAGGGACGUUUUCCUAGAGGCUGCCAGUGUUUGGGGCAACACAGCGCAGAGAGAGAGAGAGAGAGAAGCCCCUCUCCAGCUCUCCUCUCCGUCACUUUCGAGCUCUUUUCAGACCGAAGAGGAGCAUAAUGGCGAAAAUGAGGGUGUCAUACGAGUACUCGGAGGCGGAGGAUAAGAGUAUCCGACUAGGACUGUUCCUCAUCGUCUGUGGCAUCCUGUCCCUCUUUAUCCUCGGGUUCUGCUGGCUCAGUCCAACUCUACAGAGCAUGCAGAGCAAACCGGCCAACUGCACGGUGGUGUCCGUGCUCAGACCGGAGGAGAUGUUCGAGUGCGUGUUCACGUGCGGGGCGGACUGCAAGGGGACCUCGCUGUAUCCGUGUCUGCAGAUAUUCGUCAAUAAUUCCGAAUCGAACUCCGUGGCUCUGCUGCACUUUGAUGAACAGCAACUGGUGCUGAACCCAAAGUGCUCGUACGUUCCUCCAUGUGAGAGGGACAACCAGAAGAACAAGGACAACGUUCUGUGGUGGGAGGACUAUUGGACUAAAGAGGUCAGCUCCCAAUCCUUCACCUGUUUUUUCAACCAGCAGAGAAGACCUGACGACGUACUGUGGCGGCGCUCCCACGACGCCAGCGUCCUCCUCCACUGCGUCCUGUGGCCCAUGGUGAGCCUGCUGGUGGGUACCCUCAUCGUCCUUCUCACCGUGUGCGCCCGCAGCCUGGCCGUGCGCGCCGAGGCCAUCCAAAAGAGGAAGUGCUCGUACGAGCCGGCAGGCAACUCAGAGCAGGGCAAGACGCCGCCCAACACCAACACCGCCUCCUUCCGGACCCUGCCGAUGUUCGCUGUCCCUGUCCGACGCAGAGACCGGGAACAGGAACACUAGAUGGAUGGAUGGAUUGACAGAUUGAUGAUGACUGUGGUCUCAGUGGUGGCUGUUGUGUGAUGAGGACCUCAUAGAAGCGGGGAAUGUUUGAACUUCCAAUUAUGACUGUUCUGAACACUCUCAUUCCGCUGGACUGGACUCGAGGCUCAUGCACCAGAAAUGCUUGUCUGUCUUGUCUAGGUGUGUUUGUCUACUUGUGUAAGAGCCAUUUUGUCAGUUCAACUCUCAGCUGGUGAGGGCCUUUUCUAAUGCUAUGUGUAUUACAAUGUGUUGGUUAUGUCUAUGAAUAAGCAAAAAUCCCAAAAGGACAAUGCCGCUUUCUGUCACUGGUCAUGUUUUGGACAGGUCUGUGUUACAUAUUGAGCCUCUGUCUCUGUGCUGAUUGUAAUGUUGUUUGCGUUUACUUCACUAGCCGAGCUCGGUCUCAAAGUUCAGAGUUCACUGACUUACAAACAGGAAAUGUCUGUUACCUUUGAAUGCUCUUUAACUAGACUCUUCAUUACAAACCCCUGGUCGUAUGAAAGGAGGGAUCGUGAGGGCGUCCCGGCCAGGACCACCUGAGAAGAAUCUUCAACACCAGUUACACAAAAUGUCAGUGCUUUGUUCAGAGAGAAUGCGGUGAAAGGAAUUCUGGGAGAGUCCUUCUAAUCUCUGGGACGACAGAGCCAGAAGUAGACCUUGGUCUGAUCACCCCCAGCAUGAUGUACGGUCUUCUUCUCUAGGUGGUAUUAGGAAGUGUUUAAAUGCCUAUCUCACUGUUACUGUUUUUUAACACCCCGGGCCACGAUUUAAACAAAUCGCAACACCCCGGGCCACGAUUUAAACAAAUCUCAACACCCCGGGCCACGAUUUAAACAAAUCUCAACACCCCGGGCCACGAUUUAAACAAAUCGCAACACCCCGGGCCACGAUUUAAACAAAUCGCAACACCCCGGGCCACGAUUUAAACAAAUCUCAACACCCCGGGCCACGAUUUAAACAAAUCUCAACACCCCGGGCCACGAUUUAAACAAAUCGCAACACCCCGGGCCACGAUUUAAACAAAUCUCAACACCCCGGGCCACGAUUUAAACAAAUCUCAACACCCCGGGCCACGAUUUAAACAAAUCGCAACACCCCGGGCCACGAUUCAAACAAAUCUCAACACCCCGGGCCACGAUUUAAACAAAUCUCAACACCCCGGGCCACGAUUUAAACAAAUCUCAACCAUGCGUAUAUUCCUUUUAAAGGCAUAUUGCGGUUUGUUUUAAUCCGGUUCCCCCUCUCUCUCCUCUCUGUACCACCUGCCUUUUACUAAACCUGUUUCUAACAAGGCUUCUUUAAGGCAUCUGUCCAACUACAGCCAACCCAACCGCCAUGGACGGAAUAUGUCUGUUGUUCAUUUUCAGUUGGUUGCCGCAGGACAUGUUUGAACCUAUUUGGUCCCGAUUCAAUAUGUAGACUGGGCCACGGACAGUUGGUCUGGGUUCAAUAUGUAGACUGGGCCACGGACAGUUGGUCUGGGUUCAAUAUGUAGACUGGGCCACGGACAGUUGGUCUGGGUUCAAUAUGUAGACUGGGCCACGGACAGUUGGUCUGGGUUCAAUAUGUAGACUGGGCCACGGACAGUUGGUCUGGGUUCAAUAUGUAGACUGGGCCACAGACAGUUGGUCUGGGUUCAAUAUGUAGACUGGGCCACGGACAGUUGGUCUGGGUUCAAUAUGUAGACUGGGCCACGGACAGUUGGUCUGGGUUCAAUAUGUAGACUGGGCCACGGACAGUCGGUCUGGGUUCAAUAUGUAGACUGGACCACGGACAGUUGGUCUGGGUUCAAUAUGUAGACUGGGCCACGGACAGUUGGUCUGGGUUCAAUAUGUAGACUGGGCCACGGACAGUUGGUCUGGGUUCAAUAUGUAGACUGGGCCACAGACGGUUGGUCUGGGUUCGGGACAAAACCUGGGACAGGUAGUUUGUCUGUGGUUGGAUAGAUGUGCAGAUGCCUUGACUGUAGCAACUUCCUCUGCAGUC